GCACGAUACUGCGCACCACUGACCUCGCCAGUUUAACUCUUCUUCCCCCUUCUCUCUCUCUCUCUCUCUCUUCCCCGCCCCUGCCUCCACCCUACUAACCCUAAUCCGCCAACCCGUGAGCUCGACAUCGUCCCCAAUUUCUCGUCCUUCGUCGCGGCAAUGAGCGCAUUGGAGGAGCCGUUCGGCGGAGGUGAUGCUGACUAGCAGAUCUGGGGGGCGGCGCGAUGGGGAAAUCCGAGGAAGAACAAGCGACGCCCGAGCCGCCGGCGUCUGCGACGGAGUCUCCGGAGGGUAAUGCCUGCGAUGGGUGCCCGCGCUGCUGCUGCAUCGGGCGGAUCGUGCGGCCGCGCUGCGUGGUCACGCUGAUCCUCGCCCUUGCGAUGCUGCUGUCGGCUGUGUUCUGGUUGCCACCCUUCUUGCGGUCGCGCGAUGGGUCUGGUCGCCCUGGUCGGGAUUCGCGGUUUUCAGAUUUUGACGGCCAUGAAUGAACUUACUGGUUAAAUCAGCCAUUGUUUGGUCUGUUGCAGUGUAGCUAUUAGUUUCUUAGCCCCUGCAAUUAAAUGGACAUCUAUUGGUGCUGCAAAACAGUUGAGUUAUUAAGGUCACUGGAUAUUUGGAUUUGGAACAUAAUGAGGUUGUUAAUCUUCAAUUCAUUGAUUGGUUCAGUUUAAAGCAACAAAGCCAAUGGUGAAUUGUUUCUUCUCAGCUGAUAUUGUUGCAAGUUUCAAGCUGCAAAAACCUGUUGAUUUCUUGAAGUCCAAUAUUAGAAAGCUUCAGCUUGAUAUCUUUGAUGAAAUUGGUGUUCCUGGUUCUUCGGUAGCUGUUAUUGAUCUGGAACCUACAAGUAGAUCAAAUUGGACAAAUGUGAUUUUCUCAGUAUGGCCUUAUCCAAAGAAUUCAUAUUUAUCAUCGACUGAGCUAAGCAUUCUGAGAGCUUCCUUUGUGUCCUUAGUUUUAAGACAGUCAACUCUUCACCUGACUACAUCAUUAUUUGGAAACUCAUCUUUCUUCGAGGUGCUCAAGUUUUCUGGAGGCAUCGUCAUAAUACCUUUUCAAAGAACCUUUCCUUUACAGAAUGUGCAAAUGCUUUUCUAUUUCACAUUAAACUUUCCUAUCUAUCGGAUCCAAGAUAAAUUCAGUGAACUGAAGGAUCAAAUGAAGUCUGGACUACUUCUCAACACCAAUGAGAAUCUGUACAUGAUUUUGAUUAAUUCAGAGGGGAGUACAGUUUCUCCUCCAACAAUUGUGAAAACCUCAAUUGUACUUACAGUUGGAAAUCGACAGCCUUCGUUCCCUAGGUGGAAGGAGUUGGCUAAAAAGAUUCGGGGUUCUUCCUCUGGAAAUCUUGGCCUGAAUCACACUGUAUUUGGUAGAGUAAAGCAAGUACGUCUUUCUUCUUUUCUUCAGCAUUCCUCAAGUAGGGGAAGCAGCAAUGCUUCGCCAAGUCCUGCACCUCAGCCACAGACAAACCAUCAACGUCAUCACCCGCACCACCAACAUAAACACCAUAAGCAUCAUUAUCGCACACAACGUGCUCUUGCUCCUGCCCCUUCUCCUGGUGCUGCUCCAGAACAUAGUUACAAAACUUCAGCCCCUUCUGGCUGUCGACAUGGAUCUUCAAACAAAAGAGAGGGUUUUUCUGCUCCUGCUGCUUCACCUGUUGAUGCUCUGAAGCAUUUGAUUUCACCUGUGAGUGCUCCAAAGCAUUCUUCUGGUCCAGCAGCUGUUGGGAAGCAUUCUGGUAACAGGCCUGUGAGUGCUCCACAUCAUGUUAGUGUUCCUUCAAGUGUUCCAUGGCAUUUACUUUCUCCUCGUGCACAUGAAAGUAUGGCUGUUCCAGCUCCCAGCAUACAAUCAUCAUCUCCAAAGCCUGAUGUUUCUUUUCCACAUGUACCACCUCGUGCAAGUGUAAAAGAUAACAAAGCUCCUGGCCCAACACCAUCAAUUUCACCUAGUCCAUAUUCAUCUUCUGCUCCGGACAACAACUCAUUUCGGAGAUUGGCCUUUAUACCAGUGUUGUAUGUAUUACUGCGCUUAUAACUGAGAAGGGACAAGUCGUUCUAGCUUCAGAUCACCCAAUGGUGCUCAUAAAGCAGUGCAUCGGGGUGUGAUGAGAGACAAGAAGUUGCUAGGAGAACCUGCAGCACAAACUGUUCAUGUAGUCGGUCGGUCGGUAACUCGAUGAAUGUAAAUAUAUGGAUAAGCACAGUCGGCAAAUAAGUAUUCCGGUCAAAGCCAUAGAAGUGGCAGGCCAUUGUUAGAUAUGUUAUCUCAAUGCUAUUAUAACUAUUUCCACGAGAUCAAGAUCAAAAGUCAUGUAUGUUUUUGUUUCUGGAGGUGACAAAUGUAUACCUCGAGUGAUAUCUCUAAUGCAUCGUAAUUAAAUUCCUUAGUUAAGCA